UUGCUCCAUCAUCAAUACAGAUUAAUGAAUCUUAUACACGUCACAAAGGUCAUGUUGUAAGACGAGAAAUAUUGCAUAAUAAGGUCUUAUCAAAAAGGUUACAAUUAUAGAUAUGAGAUAAAGCCUCUGAAAUGUUGGAAAUUAACCUUAAAAAAUGACAUCUACUCUAAAUACAGGCAUCCUUGGAUCAACAUUAUGACUUAGUUGUGUUGUUGCUCUUUUAUCUAUUGAUUUUGGUUGAACCUCUUGAUAAGAGUGUUAUAUAGAAUUUGAGUGACGGUCUUAAAAUGAGUUAUUACAGACUGGAGAGUGAAAGUCAUCAAGCUGCUGAACAGUAAAGUCAGAAGUAUAUUAAACCUAUAAUUUGUAAAAGCAUUGUCAGAAUUUCCAGCUUAGUCAAACGGCUGUUCAAUUCCAGCAUAAAAUGGAAGAAGAAGUCUGUCCAUUUAGGUGAAGUCUUGCUAAUCAUGUGAUGUAACAAGAAAGACCUAUUUUGAACAAUAGUUUUAUAUUCCUACAACUAGCUUUCCUUCUUUAAAACCGGUCUGUCAGUAUUAAUUUUCUCUGAGGAUGUUUCUUCCAUUGCUCACGUGAAGAUCGAUUACACUUUAAUUCCAUUUAGGUUUCUAGUGAAAUUCAACUCAAAUGCAUAUGCUGGACUGAAGCCAUUAUUAUUACACUUCUAUGUAUGCUACUAUGUCAUGUCAGCAAUGUGGAAAACAGGCAUGAUAAAAUGCUCUCGGUAUCUGAUAACAUUCAUUGCCUUUAUACACCUACACUUGUGGCAAUUUGAAUAUAUGGAAAAACCUCACAAUGGGAGAUCAGUUGAAAGCGCAGAUGAGCCAGGGAGGGAAAUGUUGAGUUUGAUAGAGCUGAAACCGAGGCUGUACCUUUUAGACGUAGAUGACUUGCAGCCUCUUUCACCAGGAGGAUCAUAAAGAUCUACAGGAGCAGAGAAAAACAAGCUGCAGAGAUGAGAACGACAUCUGCAAACCGUGCUGUUUCCCUGACAGCUGCUGUGAUGGUGCUAACCUCGGUGGUGCUGCAGGGAGUCCAAGCAGGAGUAGUAAGUGACUUCAACCAUGCAGAGCGCUGCAAGGACUCCCUGUUUAUGGGAACCCCACCGAGAGGUUAUCUCAGCAACGCCUUUAAGAAGAUCUGCCAGAGGUACGAGGAUAAACCUCGCUACGCUACAGUGUAUGACCCCCGCAGACACAUCCCCAUCUUCUCUGCGUACACGUUCAAGAAGUCAGACGGGGAGAAGAAGGUGGACUUCCCCUGGAUGUUUGAGCCUCAGUUGGCAUCAGAGAAGAGUAGCAGCAACAUGGAGCCUUUCCCCCAGUCUACAAGUAUGCACAUGAACUUUGAGGACACCCAGGCUGUCCUCGAAGAUUACGCCGACGUUGUUCAGUACGAACGCGGACAACUAAACCCCGACGAGCACCAAGCAGACCCUCUGGACAAAGCCUCCACUUACAGCUUGACAAACGUGGUUCCUCAGAUAAGGGAGUUCAACCUGGGCCCAUGGGCCGAACACCAGGACAUCAUCCGCAAACGACUCAAUAACUACUGCAGAGGAAAGGCCUACGUUAUCACCGGGGUAACCACCUCUGGACACACAAUCCGCCGCAACAACAUGGACCGGGUGGCCGUGCCGGAGUACAUGUGGUCGGCUUACUGCUGCACAGAGUUCGACCAGAAUGCGCCGUACUUCGUGCGCUACAAGUUCCCCGUGUUUGGGGCAUACGGGCUGAACGACCGAGUCAACAACCAGAUGGUGGAGGUUCCCCUGAAGAACCUGGAGAAGUUCCUUAAAGGGAGGAUGGAUGUGGACAAGAACUUCCAGAUAUUCUAUAAUGACUGUGUGCCAGAUAACUAA